GGGCAGUGAAGUCAAUGUGGAAUUAACAUGAAGCUCAAACUGAGGCUGACCACCAUCCCUACAGAGGCGACUUUGACAGAGCUUUGCAAAGUUUGUAGUAACUGGAGCGUUCGUGAUCGCCAAUGGGAAAGUGUCUUCUUUGCUGAAGAAUUAGUCGGUCUCAAAUAGCAGUUCUGCUCAUCCCGCCCCCUGCUGGCCAGAGCCUUGACUUUAGCACCUGUGUUUCGGAGGGAACCUUUUCAUUCCUUCAGUACCCAGUCCUUUUGGUCACGUCCCAAACCUCAUGACCUCAGGGCAUAUUCGACAAAAUGGGGAGCAGUUGCUGUCGAGGUAGCUGCCAAAGCACUGUGGGAAACCCAGGAACAAUUGCAAAAUGACCUCAGCCAAAGAGUGCAUGUUGUUUGCUGGAGCGGCGCUCGGCUGUGAUGAAUGGGAUUAACAUGUCGGCAGAACUCACCCAGCUCUCCGCCGCGUUGCUCAGCUUCUGCUUCUUGUUGGAGCACGUCUCCAUGGCUGCCUGGACCAGGAGCUACUUUACGAGUUCAGUUGCAGACCGAACCGAUCCCGUUCUCGGUACCGGCUGUAGGUGAGGCGCGGAAGGAAACCGGAGAGCGGAGCGACGAAGGAUACGGGGAUCGCUUCCUCUCGCACGUCCACGUCAUCAACAACGGAGUGACGUAUUUCCUCAGAUGCCAGCUGACCGGAAGUGACUAGAGUUACAAAGAUAAAUAGGUAAAUAAAAAUCUCAAUUUUACGUGGCUUCUAUUAUUGACGUGCUUGUGGGCAAUAAUAAUAAUAAAUUCAUAUUGUUUUUAAUAUUUAUUUUAUUUGUAAUAUAUAUUUUUGUUGACACCAGUUUUCCUGUUUUCGACUGGUUUCUAGUCAGUACGUUUAAGUCAAGCGAGUGAACUGAAUCGAAGAGGGAAUGUAUUUAUGAACUUUAAAUCCGUGAGGAAUGGAAUUCGCUGUUGUUGUUUUUUCGAUAGCACGACAUUACAUGUCAUUGCGUGACAUGACAGUCAGUUUGCGAGCGUCCCUGGUGAAGAAUAGGUGAACUGGUAAUAAUUUGUAUGGAGUUUCAUCUUCAUUUUUUUGUCAACCCUAUUAAGGCCAUUUAUUAUUAAAGAGGUCUUUUUUCCAACGGCAGUUUGUCUCUGUCACGAGAUAAACAGCUGUUUGUUGACGGAACGUUUCGACGUUAUUCUGAUCCAUAAAUGUUUGUAAUAUUUCCUUUAUUAAUGUGCUGCAAAUAUCACUACCUUUAUUAACUGCUGUCAGGGUCAAAGUAUAUCACCUCUCUGAAAUCGGAUGUCAAUGUUUUGGAAGCGGUUUCUUGCUCAGGGGAACCCCUCACCACCAGAUGGCGCCAGAACAGUGGUUUCUAAAGUGACGAGCAGACGGUAAUCGAAGAAGAACCCUGUUUCAAAGUUAUUUUAAAAUAUUCCACACGUCUUCUUCAGAUACAUUAAUGAUGAGGUUAGUUCUCUUUAUUUAUGAUCGGGUUAGUUCUCUUAAUUUACACUGACACGAGCGUGGAUAGCAAGCUGUUUACAAAAGCUUAAAAUUGUACUUUACCUUCCGAAUGUAAUGAUCCCAGUGUUGUUGUUUUUUUCUUUGAAAUGGAAAUGAAAACGGAAUUUGCGAUGAGUAGAUGACGGAUAGUUAAGAUGAGAGACGAUGCUGAAGGCGGAGGCUGGAUGAGGUAAGUGAACGUCCUUGAGCAGGACCGCCUCCCAGAACGACGGGAGACUGGAUCCACUAACGUCGCAGUCGAGCCGAGGAGGAGCAGGCGGCAGCAUCAGGUACCUGCAGCCGCUGGAGGAGGGCACCAGGAGAGGCCCGCGCACUCGGCCAAAAACCUCUAUAGCGGAUCAGUGUGUGUGGAUGGACACAGGAGACGUCCAUGGCAUCGCAGGAGAGCAUGGAUCCCUCUGACCAACUGAGUCCAGAGAUGGAGGGAGAACACGCGGCCAGCAACGGUAAAACCUGCCCCGUCCACUCUUCAGCGGCGGAUGAGACCAAGCGAGGAUUUCGGAAGGGCAUGGGAAGACACAAUGACUAUGUGAAGAUCUCAGUGCCCGAGACCAAAGUCAACCGCCUGCCCAUGGAGUGGUGGAAGACGGCCAUCGCCUUCGUCUACGCGGCUUUCAACCUGGUUCUGACGUCGGUGGUCAUCACCAUCGUCCACGAGCGAGUCCCGCCCAAGGAGAGCAGCCCACCUCUUCCAGACAAGUUCUUUGACUACAUCGACCGAGUCAACUGGGCCUUCACGGUGACGGAGAUCAACGGCAUGGUUCUGCUGGCCAUCCUCAUCGUCCAGCUGGUCUUCUUCAGAUACAAGUCCAUCGUCAGCCGGCGUUUCUUCUUCCUCAUCGGGACGCUGUAUCUGUACCGCUGCGUGACCAUGUACAUCACCACCCUGCCCGUCCCAGGCACCCACAUGACCUGCGCUCCCAAGCUGUACGGAGACUCGCACGCCAAGAUCCAGCGUGUCCUGAGGUUGAUUUCGGGCGCCGGCCUCUCCAUCACUAACUCCCAUCUCAUGUGCGGAGACUUCCUGUACAGCGGUCACACAGUCAUGCUCACACUCACCUACCUGUUCAUCAAGGAGUAUUCACCGCGCUCCUUCUGGUGGUACCACCUCAUAUGCUGGCUGCUGAGUGCGGUGGGAGUGGUCUGCAUCCUGGUGGCCCACGACCACUACAGCGUGGACGUUGUCGUCGCCUAUUUCGUCACCUCCCGCCUCUUCUGGUGGUACCACACCAUGGCCAACCUACAGACCCUGAAGUGUUCUCCUAACAACUAUCUCACCAACACCUGGUGGAAUCCGCUCUUCAACUUUUUGGAGAGAAACGUGCAGACGGCGGUUCCGUGCUCCUACAGUUGGCCCAUCACCUGGCCGCCAGCCUGCCUGAAGAACUCCUGUAAGAAGUACUCCAUGGUGCAGAGUGCUCGGGAGGAGUAGGGGGAGGGGGGGCCCUCCCAUCCAAACUGUGUCUUACUUUGGAAGUGCAUUGGUAAUUUAUAUAUUUAUCACCGGUUUAGUUGCCAUCUCCAUGUCAAGUGAACUGUGAACCAAAAACAAUCGGAAGCAGCUGUUUUUUUUCCAAAUGCAAGAGCUGAUUCUGGAUCAGUUGUCCUAUGUUUUCACGAUGUGCCUUAAUGUGUUAAGUGUUGAUGGGUGUAACCGAAACUGCCUUCAUAAGUGUUGCUGUCACUUUUUUUUUUUUUUUUUUUAUUCUGUUUUUGUUUUAUGUCCGUGCUGUAGCGUUGAACUAUUGGAAUAAAGUUGA